AUGCACUUUCAACAUCUGUUUGUCCUUGUCCUUGCCUACUUUACUGUAGGCGUGAUUGGAGCACCGGUCUAUGGUCGACCUGGCGGGAAUGAGCUCGUCGCACGCACAAUUGUGGGUCACCGAACACCCGGAGAAAAACAAGCGCAUAUUGUCGCCCACGAACUGUCCUCCGAGUCGCCAUCCCCCGCACUCGCUCGUCGAGCUCUUGUAGAGUCCCCGGACCUCCAAGCUCGAAGUGUCCCCGACUCGUUCAUUAGCCGACGAGACGCGGCGCUUGCUCAAUUAGAUGCCGUGGCGCUUUCGCGGCGGGAUACACUCUCAUUGGGAGCAGCGCUGCAUCGGUUUAUUCGACGAACCAUGCAAGCAAAGCGAGAGAUGGAGGCAGCUGUUGCACAUAUGCCCAGUGAUGAGAUGCGAAAGCUUGUCCCCGGGAUGGUACCGCGGAUUGCAUUACCUCCGGUCGUCUAA